AUGCUAGCUGACGUUGAAACAAAAACAGCAGGACGAACGCAAGCACAAGCACAAGCAGCAGCACAAGCAGCAGCAACAACAGCAUCAUCAGCCACAACGGCAACAGAAGAAAUAUCCACAACAGUGGCUAGACCACCCACAGCAAGACCAUCUGCAUUGGUUGAGGAGGUGCAGGAAGCUGCGGAGGCAGCAACAAGAGCAGCAGCAGCAGACAGAGUAACCAUUGCAAGAGGAUUGGAAGAUUUGGAAUUUUCUGAACUUCAUAGAGCCAACGAGCUCAAUUUGGUUGUGCGUAGAAGUGGUACUGGUGCGGCAUUAGACAAAUUGAGGCAGUCAAAAAACUUGGAAGAAUUAACGGCUCAAUUAAGCCAAGUAGCUGAAACUAUCAAUUUCAAGAAUGAAACAGGCCAAGUGAUGAAGAAUAUUUUGAGCCUGUAUCAAUAUAUGACAUUUGUGGAAUCUAUCUUGCAUCGAUUCUAUUCUGCACAUGAUGCGCAGGAGAAAAUGGUGGCGAAUGGUGCUUCGGCUCCAAAAUGUUAUGAGAAUAAAAUUAGAGGUGAACGCGUCUUGCGCCUUUACGGCAUGCUUGGAAUGAAAGGAGUGUUAGCCGUGGAGAUUAUCACGAUGGGAAGUUAUAAAUUGGAUGAACGAAGUUUACGUGGAAACGCACUAGCACGCAACAGCCAUUCGACGGAAGAAGCUAAACUAUUUUUACAAACGUUUAACAACACUGGACAAAUGUGGGAACGAUACAGACAAGAACGUUAUUCUACUACCAUACACUACGCGCUCUACACUGUUCUUCCCUCUGAAGGCCUAGCCUUGACAGACAUAGCACCCUGA